UCACUUUGCUCUGCCAUGUGUAAUAGAUAAACUAAUCAAGUGAUCAUUUGCCAUGCACUUUAGGUCUAUAAUAUUGCCUGAUAAGAACAAGAUGAACCCGGUUCAUUUCUCACCGGCCUAACUCGAACUCAAAAAACGAGAACCUUCCAGAUAGCAGGAUAGCUGAUAACCCUCAUCUCACCAUCUUAGAGAGUUGGACCAAAUCCAUCCAUGCCUCGCUGGCAACCCCUCCUACACGUGCCACCCCUCACUGUCCCAUGCCCUCACAUGUGUCACCCCAGGAGUAAAACCAGCUUCUUUAUAGCGUGGCCCCUAUGACCUUUUCUCUCUCACUUCCCCUCCUCUCCCUUCCACCUCCCUCCCAUGGCCUCCCAGAACCUCAAACACCGCCCCAGAGAUGAUCCCACCGCCCCGUCCACCACCACCACCACCACCACCAAAAAUAGGAAGGCUCAAAAGCUGGCCAUGGCCAAGCGAGGCGUCCGCUCGCUGGCCAUCGCAAUCGCCAUACCUUUCAUCCUCGCCGCCCUAUCAUCCUACGCCUCCUGCACCGCCGCCACCGCCAUCGUCCCGAAGGCCUUCUGGCGCCCGCCGGUGUGGGCCAUCCACUUGGCCUCUAUCUCGACCUCCUGCCUCAUGGGUCUCUCGGCCUGGCUCGUGUGGGCCGAGGGUGGCUUCCACUCCCAGGCCACCACCCUGCCCCUCUUCCUAGCCCAAUUCUUAUUGGGCCUGUUCUGGGGCCCACUGGUUUUUCGGCUCGGCGCCACCCGGGUGGGUCUGGUGGUCUGCAUCAUCCUCUUGGCCGCCCUCUUUGCUUGCUCUCGGAGCUCCCGCCGGGUGAAUCCGAUCGCCGGCAAUCUCAUGAAGCUAUGCCUCGCCUGGGUCUCCUUCCUUGCAGUGUUCAACUAUACGCUUGUGUGAAGUUUGGCUCUGUGUACACUCUUUGCUGGAUCUUUUACACUUAGUUUUCAUAGCUGAUUAAAAUGUAUCAAGUGUCAGUGUUAAUUCUGGAACUGCUACAUUUCCUUUUUUAGUUGUAAUUAGGGAACCUAUAAUGUGCACCAAAAAUUGUCUUAAAAGGCAUGUGAUGCUGUGGACAGCUUAGCCAUCAGCCAAUAUCUAUAGAUUGAAUAGUUGAUCAUUCUUAA